AAAGUUUCAUCUUCGCCCCUGAGCAUCUUCCUGAGAGGGUGCCCUUCUGUGUAACGCGCUGCAGGGUUUGAGGAUGGAUCUCUCCAGGAGCAUGUUAACUAGUCGCACCGUGAUACUUGAGCCGCGUUUGAAACCGGUCUUACGAGAGAGCAGCAAGGAUGUUCAGGAAUAUGUAAAAAUGGAAAAGGAGAAACUCGCAGCUGUCUUGGAUAAACUGAAUAGUAAAGAAUUCAGUGAAGUGAAGCUCCGUCUAGACUCUCUUUUCAGGGAGGAGGUGAACAUUCUGGGUUUCUCCCGGAAAAUGCUGCAAGAUGCAAACGCCUCCCCUAAGCUGACUGAUCUCCUGUGGCAACAUUAUGGAAGGCGCACUGAGAUGCAGCUUGCGCAGUUGCUCCGCGAAGUGCACCGGGAUGACCUGGCUGACGAGUUGGAGGAAUCGAAAAUAGAUGCGGAGCAUUCAACUUCAGGAAAUCCUAUCCAUCACUGCCUGGUGAAGACCCUACAGCAGUUGGACAUGGAUGAAUUCAGCAGGUUCAAGGACAAACUCAGCAAGUUCCCUGUCAAAGAGGGUUUCAAGAAUAGUCCUGAAAAGAUACUGCAGACCACAGAAGUCCUGACAUUGAGUGAUCACCUUUUCUCCAAAUACGGAGAGAAUUAUGCUCUGGAGUUGUCAGAUGCAGUGCUGAAAGACAUCAAGCUUGAGCACCAUGCAGUGAGGCUUCGUACUGUUCCUGGAGUCAAUUCAGAAAGGACUGUCCGUGACUGCCUCAUAUCCAUUCUGGUGGGCUUGGAUGAUCACAAUUUCAAGAAUUUCAAGUACAGACUCAGGAAGGAAUGCCGCAUGCAUACUUUUGAAGCUAUACUGCAGGCUGCCGAAGUCCAGACGCUUGCUGAUGACCUUCUGUCCACCUAUGAGGAGAAUGUUGUUGUGGAGCAGACGGCUGCAGUGCUGGAAGCCAUGUACCUUAAGAACCGUGCAGUGACACUUCGUAAUGCGGACAAAAGGACAGUCCGUGACUGCCUCGUAUCAACUCUGGAGACCUUGCCUAGUUAUGAAUUCAAGAAUUUCAAAGACAAGCUCCGCAAGGAAGGCUUCAGUAAUACUCCUGGAAGGGUACUGCAGGCCGCAGAAGUUGAGAACCUUACUGAUCACCUUCUGUCCAAGUAUGGGAAGGAUUUUGUUGUGGAGCGGACAGCUGCAGCGUUAGAAGCCAUCGACCUCAAGCGCCAUGCAGUGGCACUUCGUGCCCACACUACAGACAGAAGGACAGUCCGUGACUGCCUUAUAUUAACUCUGGUGGGCUUGAAUGAUUGCGAAUUCAAGAAAUUCAAGGACAAACUCAACAAGUUCCAUGUCAGGAAGGGUUUGGACAACUUUCCGAAAGAGCUGCUGCAGAGUGCAAAUGUCCAGAAGCUCACCAACCUGCUUCUCAAAUGCUACAAGGAGGAUUAUGCUGUGCAGGUGACGGCUGCAGUGCUGGAAGCCGCGUGUCUCAAGCCCCAUGCAGAGAAGCUCCUGGCUCUUUCUAGAAUCAAACAUUUUGUGGAAAUGCACCAAGAAGAGCUGAUCAGACAAGUCUGUGGGAUGGAUGUGAUAUUGUUUCGGUUACUUGGCUGGAUCCUGAAGGCAGAUGAGUAUCGCAACAUUAUGGCUGAGGAGUCGGAUGCAGGAAAGAUGAAGAUGCUUCUUAAGCUGGUGCCAAACUGGACCACAAGAAAGAAGGACCAUCUCUAUCAGGAGCUUGUUCAAACAAACGGGCCUCUUAUUGCUGCCCUUAAAGGAUCGAGUGUCUCAGGACACGAGGACACCUUUCCUAGUGAUGAGAAACAUUAUACUGAGAAACACCAGGAGGAGAUUAUUCGGCGUGUCAUUGGAAUAGAUGUCAUAUUGGACUCUCUGGUGGCGCACUGCCUAGUAACUGUCAAGCAAGUUCCUGAAAUCAAAGGGACCACUCAGCAGAAAAUGCAGAAGCUGUAUCAGCUGGUACCAAGCUGGACAACAACAAAAAAGAACACAAUGUGUCGUGUCCUAAAGGAAACAAACCCAUGGCUUUUUUUGCAGCUUGAAGGAGGACAUUUUGUGGACAGGCACAAGAAGGAGCUGAUUGAGCAAGUGACAGAGGCCCCUCUGAAGGAGCUUUGUGGUUGUGUGUUGGAUGAGGAGCAAUAUGAGGCUCUUGCAAAUUGUGCCACAGAGAAGAUGAAAAUGGAAGCGCUGUACCAGAUAGCACAGGCCUGGGAAACCCAGCAGAAGAACCAUCUGUACCGAGCCCUGGCAGCGACCAAUAGUCACAUCAUUGAAGCACUUGAAGAGGAGCAUUUCAUUGAAAAGCACCAGGAGGAACUGAUUCACCGAGCCUCCCAUGUUGAUACCAUCUUGCAACACCUCCAAGAUAUAUGUCCCCCGAUAUCAGUGGGCUCCGAUCAACAAAAAAUGAAGUGGUUGUAUGCUCUGGUGCCCAUGCUUAGUAGGAAACAGAAGGAGCAUGUCUAUGCAGUCCUGAAGGAAACAAAUGGACCCCUAAUUGCAGAACUCGAGGAGGGACAUUUCGUUGAGAGGCACAAGGAGGAAUUGAUUGAAAAAGUAACUGAAGCAAAGAUGGUUGUACAAUUACAAUUCCACUAUACAAUCAGCAACUGCUUGUGUCGUCAUAUUUUGCGGAAAGCCACAGACAAGCAAAAAAUGGAGGCCCUCUACGAGGUAGUCCCUGGCUGGAAAAGGACCUGGAAGGACCAUCUCUAUAAGGUGCUGCGAGAAACCAACGAAGACCUGAUCAAGGAGCUCGAGGGAAGGACAAACAGCAAAGCGGGCUUGAUUCCUAUCCCUCUCACAGAGGAGAAAUGCUACCUAUAUGAAAAAGAGAAGGUGCAACCAGAACUGAUUCUAGAUGUGGAUGGGAAGCUGAAGAUGUACAGGCUCUGCUGCCCCGAGGCAGGAACCUACCUUUGCUCGGAAACAGAACUCAGGUUUGAAGUGAGAGGAGCAGUGACGCUCACUUAUGCGUAUGGCUCCUGGGAUCAGCACCUGAGCAGGGCUGAGAAGCAGAAAUGGAUGGUGGCUGGCCCACUGUUCGAUAUUCAGGCCGAUCCAGCAGAAGAGGUUGCAGCUGUCCACCUGCCACAUUUUAUAUGCCUGGAAGGAGGAAAAGUAGACAUCUCUCAGAUGAAGGUUGGCCACUUGGUUGAAGAGGGGCUGCUUCUUGAGACACCAUCUCAAGUGAACACAUUUCAUGUUGUCGUGGAGAAUCCAACAUUCUCUCUGAUAGGCGUUCUCAUCUGUGCGUUAUUUCGUUUCUCUGUCAACUCUCUGGUGCUGUUGUAUCGGACAUUCAAGCCGAUUGUAACGCUACGGCUCUAUCUGAUUCCCAAUGAUAAUUCUGUGAAAUAUGCUGUUGAAGCUAUGGAGAAGGGCUAUGGUUCCUCACCAAUAUGGAAGCCUGCUAAGACGAAACCGUUGUACUAUGGCUACAGCUAUGUUGUAUCUGGCAGUAUGCACAAGGAACACAAGGAAUCCCUGAAGAUUAUCCCAGAGGAACUGGAGUUUUCCUAUAUGAGCCACACACAGGUGCAAUCAUUUACAGAAAUUUACAUCCGAGAAAAGAACUGUGUGGAACUCUUCCUGGAAAAUAAGGAAAAUCAUGACCCUGUCUGGAAAACCUGGCUGGAACCAGAAGAAAUAGAGUUUCAAGAAGAGCAGCCUGUCACUUCCUCCUGGAAAGAAGGGAAAGCUCCAGAAAAGACCAUCAGUGAUCACCUGAAGCGCACACUGCAGAAUUUGAAAGAAAAAGACUUCAAGCAAUUCAAGUGGAAACUCAAUGAGUUUCCAGUUAAGGAGGAGUUUCCAGUUAAGGAGGAGUUCGAGAAUAUCCCCACUUGCGACUUGGAGAAUGCUGAUGCAGUAGAGGUCAGCAACCUGCUGAUCAAAUACUAUACAAAGGAUUACGCUGUGCAGGUGACCAUUGGGGUGCUGAAAGCCAUCAGCUGCAAUCAACAGGCAGACGAUCUCCUCUGUGCUACUAAUGAAAUCACUGCAAAGCUUCAGAGAACAGGAAAGACACCUGGGCUGUCGCUGACAAGAGGAAGCUCUCAUUCAGAAGAGGCGAAGGAGGACCUGUGGAUCAAAACAUCACCAAGAACUGCCCACAAAAGAUUCUUGGAUUCAGUGAUAAUGAUCCGCAAGGGGAGGAAACGUAUAACAGAAAUCCUUAAGAAGGACCAAGAACUAUUUUUAGAUGAAUUAUUAACCCAAUCCGUUAUCACAAAGGAAGAACAUGAAAUGCUGGACAAAAUGGAAGCAGAUUCCAAGGAGAAAAGUCGCCAGUUGCUGAUUCGGAUACAGGAAAAGGAAGCCUAUGUCCAAUUCCUGGACUGUAUGGAAAUGGUUUAUCCAGGUUCAGUUUGUUCUGUGCGGUCUUUACUUAAUGCUCAAGAUGGAAAUUCAGUAGAGACUGUUGGCCAGUUGGAGGAGCAGUCAGACUCCAGUCCAGGAGAGACUACAGAUGGUGUACCACCUGCCGUUGAUAGAUGCUCUGCAUUAUAGAUGGCACAUGGAUCUAAAAGCUUCCUCGAGCUAGGACCCCAGGCAUCUAAGGGCAUAUCCAGAAGAGGCUGAAUACUGUUUCCGUGGCCACCUGCAUUCCACUGAUAGGAUCAUCACUUUGCCUUGACUGAGCUUCAUUAGAUGGUCCAAAUCCAGCCUUUGCCGACUGUGGGCACCUGUUAAGGGUGUUCACUCUCAGAUUACAUGAGGAGGAGAAACAGAGCUGGCUGUUAGCAGCAUGCUAGUGGCCCCCUCCUCCAAGCCUCUGGAUAAGCUCACACAGCCAUUUUAGAGCAACAUGUGACUGAAACGCCACUUUUGUAAGGGUACAAGAAAUUGUGGUUAUUUUGAAAACAUAUGUCUGUAAAAUUUCAUGCAAAUGCUUGUAUAUGCGUGGAGACUCCAGGUUCUGUUGUGGAGUGGGAGGGUCUAUACAGAAGGAGAAGGGUCAGCAUCUUUAGCCUGGAGUGUGCCAAACUUGCCAAACAAGCUGCUCAGGGAAGCACAGACAAGUUCAAACCUGUACAAUUGUCUGAGAGGUCGUGCAAUGAUUUCAAGUCUUAUAAGACUGUGUUCCUUUAAAUGUUGGUAAGUUUCGGAAGGGCGAGAGGGGGUAAAAGAGGGGGCAGGGGAUUAUGUGCACAAUGGAUCCAGAGGGUUUUACCUCUGGCCCCAUGUGUAAGAUUUUUGAUCAGCCCAAUAUGCAUGUAUUAGGCCUAAAUGUUUGCCAGGUAAACUGCCUAGAUGACUGAGUAUGUGGAGUCACCUGGAAAGGCAACUCACCUGCAGCCACAUGGGUGAACAACCUUCCAACCCUCUGCCCUGCCCUGCCCUGCUCUGCGGCCUUUGCACAUAGAUGUUCCUUGUGUUCUGGGCCCCCGCAUAACCAAGAGAGCAGGGAAGGUUACACACGCAGCCUUUCCCUUGCAAACAUCCAUGCCUAAUAAGUGGAUACACGAGUGGAGCUAGUACCUUAUAUAAGCCCUUGAUUCUUUCUCUCCAAAGGAGCCGAAGUUCUAAAGCAGAGGUGGGCCGCAGGUGCUGGCCAGAGCCACGCAUUUGCGCACACACCUGGAUCUGCAUUGCUGGGGUAGGGGAGGGUUUAAUCUUCAAAGGAUAAGCUCCCACUGCUGUAUGUUCAGAAUGUUCUUAUGUACAUUUUUGAGUCCAAAAAUAUGUUUAGCUUAUUUUCUCAUCAAGCAAAAAAAAUGCUUAUUUUCACUUUCUGUCUCACCAAGCAAACUUUUUAAGCACACAUUGGUACAUUUGAAAGCAACUCAUGUUUAAAGAAUAUAACUUUUAUUGAAAUAAAUGAUUUUAACAAUAUACAUAUAAAAAUUCCAGAAUCCUA